CCGCCUGGGUAGAAUCGUCUCGCGACCAGGCGUAUUUUUCCUUUCACCCUAUCAACCUUUCGUCGUGAAUUCCCGAGCCAAACAGCCAGGCGACAAAACCAGCGAUGGCGCGGCGCGUGGACCACACCAAGGCCCUCUUCGUACUGUGGUGUGUCUUGAGCACGGCGUUCAGCGUCCCCAGCCCCUCGACGGCGCCUCAAAAGGUGGACGAGCAUCUCUACACGACACGCAGAACGCCUAGGGUCAUCUUCGAUUUGCCUGUUCCCAAUUCCAAGCUACCCCUGCAAGCAGUGAACUUCGAAGUAUGGAGCACAACAACGAUACCUGCACAGUCGACGGCGACAACGACGACGACAACGACGACGACGACGACGACGACGUCCACGUCGACGCACAGAGCCUUCUCCACGGAGCAACCCUUGUACCGAUUGGACGGCAGCAACGGCCAAGCAUGCAUUCUCCUGCAGGUGGACGCUCUGAUCACGGUGAAAUAUCGAACGAAACUCGGGGAAGAUCAAGAAUCGAACAUUUACGUUCCCAACGAUGCCAAGGUGACCGGAAACUGCGACAGCGAGAACACGGUAUCGAUGUCUCUGAAGUGGAAUGCGUUCGUACUGUUGUGGAGCUUCGCCAAGACACCUGGUGGGGAACGAUGGUACGUCGAGAAGAUCGAGCUGACCUACAAUUCGAGUGAUAGACACUUCGAGCACAUCGACGAGCCCAACAAGACAAUCAGGCUGAGUACCGGGCAAAAGCACGCUUCCAUGCUGUUCCCGACGCCUGUUGGGAAGUCGUACUCCUGUACUGGGGAGACGCAGAUCAAUCUGACCGAUGGCAAGCAUUUCGCCAGCGUUUUACUCAGAGACAUGAAGCUGCAGCCGUUCAAGUUUAAGAACAACGAGUUCGCCGUGGAGUUCUCGUGCACGUCGCUGAGCGCGCGCGGUUUCCGGGACGAAACAGCUCCGGUUGCAGUUGGCUCGACACUAGCAGCCGCCGUGCUGCUAACCAUCACCGGCUACGCGGCCUAUCGCUACUUCAAAGUGAAGAAAGUCAAGUACGACACCAUGGAAUAAAUCGUCCUCGAACAAAAUCCAACAAAAAAAAAAAAAAAAAAAAAACUCGCGAAAAACCAGCUCCUAGGACGAACCCUUUCCUACGACAUAUCUCCGUCGUCGCGUCGAUUUUUUUCCUCGACCUACGAUACAUAACAAUCGCGAUUAGAUCGUGAACGAACCUCGUCCUAGGAUUUUCGAAAAAAAAAAAAGAAAAAAAAAAAAUUGCAAAAUACGCGAAGUUUGUAAUUCGCCCGAGGAGCGGGGAGAGACUACGCCCAUUUUUCAUCGACCCGUAGGAUAACCUUGAUUAUCGAAUUUGUUCCAACGUUACGUUCGCGCGUCGUCCAUCUUUCAAAAUUUCUAGAGAUCGCACCGGAGACUUUGCAUUUUGGAUUUUUGAAUUUGUGGGGAUCGAAUGAACUUGGAUUCAACGCUUUUGGUGACCUUGGUUUUUCAAUGAUUGUGGUGGACGCCUAUGGCUGUCAACAAACACUAAAAUUUGGUAAUUUCGAGACCAACGUAUAGCGAUUUAUCAAAUUUUGAAAUUUUGAUUGAAAAUUUUAUUGGAACAAUACUCAAAUAUUAAAUUUAUCUGUGACGUAUAUUCGUUCGAACAAUUAUAUUUUCACACGUUCACCAACAUUCUAAAAUUUGACUUUUGAAAAUUUUUUUGAAAAUCAAAUUAAUAAAUAUUUAUUAAUCUACAGAUAGUAAGUCUAAUGUAUUGAGGUCAUAUAUUUAUAUACAAAUUAUUAGCAUGAUGAAUCAAAAGGGUGGAAUCCAUCGUUCGAAAUCCAACAACAAUGGCGUAAACGUCACAGUAGUCGCAAGCUCUGAUGGUUGUAUCGAUAGCUUUUUGAUUCGUGGGCGUCGAUUCACGUAUUUCUAACACGAUCUAGAGAAAUCGUUAGUCCCUUAUAAAACACUAUACACGGAGAGCCAAGCGUAAAAAAAAAAUUCUACGUUUUUUUCCACGCUGUCAAAUUUGAAUUUACCGCCUUUUGCAAAUUUCUUCCAUCGGGGGUUACGAGACGCCCCAGUUUGCUUAAAGUUUUCGCGAAGCAUAUCUUUGAUCACUGAUCGCAUAUCAAGCAUUGUAUUUCACUAUGCAUCGUAACGUUUUUUUUUUUCGCGUGCUUCCUUUUCGCUGGGUUAAAAGAAUCACCCGUUGGACGCCUCCGUGACCCCGGAAACGAGAAGCCCUGUCAGGCAGCUGAGAAUUUUAGAACGAAAUCCUAAUCUUAUGCUUCGAAUAGUUCCCGCCCUUAAGGGGGGAUUCCCCUGUAACAGGGUUAAAAUUAAAAUUCUCUUUUUUAUUUUUUUCGAAAAGAAUUAAACGUUCUAUUGUAUUAGACUUUCAGGAACACGAAGAGAGACUGUUAAACUGUACGAAAAUAUUUUUUUCGUCCAUUUUUUAUUAUCUUUUAUCAAAUACUAAUUAAGUCAAAUGUGGUGAGAAUAUCACCAAUGUAUUGGAGAGAUUCUCCCGAUUAAAACGAGUCCAAACACGACCUGGUUUGGACUACUUUUUAUUUUGACCCAAACUCAUUUUUGAAAAAUUCUCAAUUUUUGAAUAACUAAAAAUUGUCCGAUUGGUGUCGUGUUUGGACUCGUUCUCAUCGGGAGAAUCCUGCCAAUAUAUUGGUAAUAGUGCCGUGAAGAUAAAAGAAUCAAGUGUGACAAUUUUUCCA